AUGAAGUACACCACUCUUUUUGCCGCCGCUGCGGCCGUUUUCGCAAACAGCGUCAACGCUGGAGUCGUUGGUGCUGCCCAGGGUUUCGCCAAGGGCGUUACUGGUGGUGGCAACGCUGCUGAGGUCUACCCCAAGACUAACGACGAGCUGGUCUCUUACUUGGGUGAUAGCGUGCCCCGUGUCAUCGUCCUUGACAAAACCUUCGAUUUCACCGGAACCGAGGGCAAGGAGACUACCAGCGGUUGCUCUCCCUGGGGAACCAACUCCAAGUGCCAGACUGCCAUUAACUUGCACGGUUGGUGUGAUAACUACGAGCCCAACGCCCCUAAGGUCUCCUCCAUCACCUAUGACAAGGCUGGUAUCCUCGGUAUCACUGUCAACUCCAACAAGUCGCUUGUCGGAAAGGGCUCUGCCGGUGCCAUCAAGGGUAAGGGUAUUCGCAUGGUCAGCGGUGCCAAGAACAUCAUCAUCCAGAACAUUGCCAUCACCGAUCUCAACCCCCAAUUCGUCUGGGGUGGUGAUGCCAUCACUCUCAACGAUGCCGACCUGGUCUGGAUUGAUCACGUCACUACUGCCCGCGUUGGUCGCCAGCACAUUGUUCUCGGUACCAAGGCGGAUAACCGCGUGACGAUCUCCUACAACCUGAUCGACGGCCGCUCCGACUGGUCCGCUACCUGCAACGGACACCACUACUGGGGCCUGUACCUUGACGGAACCAACGACAUGGUGACUCUCAUGGGCAACUACUUCUACAACCUGAGCGGCCGUAUGCCCAAGGUCCAGGGCAACACUCUCCUCCACGCCGUCAACAACCUUUUCCAUAACAUCGAUGGCCACGCCUUCGAGAUCGGCCAGGGCGGCUAUGUCCUCGCCGAGGGUAACGUCUUCCAGAACGUUGGCACCGUCGUUGAGUCCCCUAUGCAGGGCGGCCUCUUUAGCUCCCCUGAUGCCAACACCAACGCGCAGUGCAAGACCUACCUCGGCCGCUCCUGCCAGCUCAACGCUUUCGGUGGUUCCGGCUCCAUGAGCGGCGCGGACACCAGCAUCCUCAGCAAGUUCAAGGGCAAGAACAUCGCCUCCGCCCGCGUUCCCAACAACAUCGCCUCCUGGACCAUGGCCAACGCCGGUGUUGGCCACGUUUAA